AUGGACCUGCAUAUAGUAUCGCUGUGGUUAUGGCUGCUGCCAGCGAUGGUAUCAUCCGCGAUCAGUCCUGAGUUCCAGGAGGAGCAAGAUGACUCUUGCACGACGUACGUUCACGAUAGUCUUCUGCAUUUAGACUGUUCAGACAGAGGUCUCACAGACCUGCCUGAAGGACUUGACACUGAUGCUCAAGUUUUGCUACUGGCGAAUAACAAUUUUGCAACGUUUCCGCCCCAACUCGCGAAAUUUUCAAGGGUUGAAGUAGUUGAUAUGUCUGGAAACCGCCUAACAAGUUCUUUACCAGCAUAUUUUCAAGAUUGGAAUCAACUAACAAUUCUCAAUCUAUCAAAUAAUAACUACGAUUCGUGGUUAAAUAGCGAAUACACUUUUAAUUUUAUAAAACUGGAUCUUUCCAAAAAUAAGAUUAAUCACAUUGAUGAAGAAGCUUUCUUAAGAAUGCCACGAUUGUAUUUGCUUGAAUUGUCAGAAAAUCGUUUAUAUGAUCUCCCACCAAGAAUAUUUCAAAAAGCGAUUAGUUUAGAAGUUCUAAUAUUGUCUCGGAACUACUUUUCGGAGGUGCCACGUUUCGAAUCUUCGUCUUUAAAAAAUUUGCGUUUGAGUAAUUGUCAAAUAACAAGCUUUGAUGUAAAUUCGUUAACAGGUAUGCCGUCUUUGCUGGAAAUUGACUUAUCUAUAAAUCAGAUCGAAUCAAUUCCUGAUAAUUUAGCUUCGAGUUCUUUGCAAGAAUUAGAUUUGAGCUACAACGAAAUUGACAAACUUACAGAUUCAACAUUUGUUAUGUUACCGCAUUUAGCUGUAUUAAAUUUGAGAGGAAAUGGAUUCAGGGAUGUAUGGUCGACCUCACAUUUCGCCUCGAACCAAUUUCUGAGAGAAGUUCACGUAAAAGGAAAUCGGUGGUCCUGUGAGGGAUUCAGCGUAAACCUACUUCUUACAUAUGAGUAUCUUACAAAAGAACCCGCGAAAGUGUAUGAUAAAGCUUCAUUAAUUUGUUACUCUCCCGCUAAUGUCACCCAAAUGAGUUGGCAACAAGCCUAUAUACGAACAUGGCACGCUAAUGAAGGGUCGAUGUCUUCAUAUACAUUUUUGGCUGUAGUUUUUGGAAUGAUUAUUGGUAUUGUAAUAACUUCAUUUGUUUGUAGACUGUUAAUGUCAAAGAAUAAGCCAAAUCCACCACGACCUACUCCUGUAACGACUGUUCUCAAUGGCAACGCAAUACAACCAAGACCUGCAUCUGUGGUCUUGAGAGUACCCUUAAGGGAAGAUUUACCUCCUACUUAUGAUGAAGCUCUUUUAUUACCAACACUAAACUCUUCUUUCCACUCUUUACCGGAUUUCGUCGAUGAAUCUAAUAACCGUGAAAGAGAAAAUCGGAGAUCGAGAUCUAUUGGUGACCUAACUGAAACUAGACCAAGAUUGGGUGACAGACGGUCAGUACGAACAGUUGAAGUUCGCUUGAAUUAAUUUUUGGCAUAAAAAUAAUUCAUGGUGUAGUCCUCCUAUACAAGAUGACAAAUGUGUUGUACCUAAGUGAUUUACGUUAAGUUAUUGUAAAAUAUAAAUAUAUUAUUAAUUUAAAA